AUGGGCCAGCUGGCAGCCGCAGCAUACGGCCAGUUGGACCCGCGGCUCGGCAGCGCCGGCGGCUUGGGCAGCGGCGGCCUGGGCGGCCUGGGCGGCGGCUGGGGGGCUCCCCUGCCGCAGCCGGUGCCGCCGGGCGGCUGGGACGCCGGCUGGGACCUGCUGCAGGGCCUGCAGGCGCAGCAGCUACACCAGCACGCCGCGGCGCAGCACGCGCAGCAGACGCAGCAGGCGGCGGCGCAGCAGCAGCUGCUCGCCCAGCUCAAGCGCGCCGCGGCGGGCGCGCCGGCGCAGGCCGCGCAGGCCGCCGCCGCGCUCGCGGCGCAGCAGGCGGCGCAGCAGGCUCACGCGCAGCUCGCGGCCGGCCAGGCGGCAGCCGCGGUGGCGGCGCUGCAGCAGCAGCUGCAGGGCGCGGCCGCCGCGGCGCAGGGGCAGGCGCAUCUGUUGGGGCUCGCGCCGCCGCCGCUGCAGGUGCCGGCCGGCGCGGCGCCGGGCGCGCUGGGCCUGAGCAGCCCCGCGGCGGCGCUUCAGAGCAUGGUGCUGAGCGGCGGGCCGGCGUCGCCCGGCGGAGCCAGGCUGCCUCGCCCGUCCCCAAGCCGCCUUUCUCACGUAAACUUUGCCGGCCCCUCACACCGGGAGGCCUGA